UGAUCGUUUCAUUUGUUUGAGAAUCCUAGAGAGAGAAAGAGAACAAAGGGUGUGAGUGGAGGCAACCCGGUGAAAUUCAAUUGUCUUCUUCUUCUGAGCACUCAUUCUUUGACUUGAAAAUUUCCUUCCUUCCCUUUCCCAUUCGCAUUUCCUCUCUUUCCCCUCCUUUCCUUUCCCAUCUUCUUCUUCUCCUUCUCGAAUUUUCUCUCUCGUCUGUCUUCCACCACUAAACCCGAUUUUUCUUCUCUCACCAAUUCAAAAACUCAAAAUUCUUUCCAAAUCAUAAUUAUCGAAUCUUCCCACUUCUUGUCACCCAUUUCUCUUUCCAUUGAAACCAUUCAAUUUUUAUUAUUGAAUUCACAAAAACCUGAAUACCCAGUUCGUUUUCUCCUCGAUCCACCCUAUUAUUUCUAUUAUUUCCCCCCCUAAUUCUCUCCAAAUCAGGCACAAUUGACCUAAUCCCCAAUUUUUUUUUUUAUAAUCCCUAGAUAUCGUAUAUCCAAUCUGGGAAUCUCUACCCAUACACAGCUCAUUCACUUGGGAAUGUUCUUCUAAUCUAAUCUUCUCUCUCAACUACUACAAAAAUACACUUACCCCGUUCUUGCUAAUUAAUUGGUUCGAUAUUUUUGUUCUGUCUUUUUUGAAUUUUUGUUAGACUCAGCGUUAUAUUUUUUUCAUUAAUUAUUCGUAUCUGAUAUAUCUUCACGAAGAUAUGGUUGUGGGUUCGCUCUGUUUCUUUCACCUUCCCUUCUUUAUGAAGGCCAAAUAAGGUACUUUAUAAUCCAAUCUUUCUCUCUCUGUUUCCGGCAUGGGUUGCGCAACGUCGAAGCAACCCGUGUGCCGGAAUUGCAAGGCAGCGUGCUCGCCGCCUAGGCCACGGAGAAGCUACUCAAUGCACGGCAGCGGCGGCGGUGGCAACCACCACCUGCCACCGCCGGACGUCAACCAUGUGGUCGCCCUCACCUCCUCGACAUUGGGUUCUUUAAGGAUUGACGAAAGCAGAGACGCCGUUUUUUAUGAGAAGAGGAAAGGGGAGUCUUAUGUGGAGAAAUUCUCAAUGGGCCUGAUUGAGGCAAAGACGUGGUCCAAUAUGAUUAAUGAGAAAAUACCCAAGAUUGUUCCGAAAACGCCCGUCCGGACGCCUCCGGGGGAGCCGGAGACUAUCAAUGCUUGGGAGCUAAUGGAAGGAUUGGAAGACACGAGCCCUUUUCGGUCUCCCAAUCACUUCCGUAGCUUUUCGUUUCAUGUCGCUCCGAAUUCUGAUAAACUUGAUUCUGUUAAAAGCGGAUGUCAGAAGCCUAUGUGGCUCGAGUUGGCAGAUGAUGAAUCCACUUCCAGCACGAAUUCCAAUGCAAAUUCCAACUCCAAUUCGGCCGCGACAUCUGUCAUUUCCGAGUUUGAUCAGGAUAAAGUUGAUUCUGCGAAAAGCGAAAGCCAGAAUCCAAUGUGGCUAGAGAUGGUUGAUAAGGAAACGAGUUUGUUUUCGAAUUCGGAUUCAAAUGCGACAUCUGUCAUCUCCGAGUUUGAUCCUGAUGUCAUAUCUGCGUUCAGGAAAGCGCUCGAAGAUCUCCCGCCGGCGAACCCGUUUCACCUAAAGCCGUUGGAGGGCAAAAAACAGGAGGCCAUGCCAUUGGAUGCAACGGACGUGACGAAAGUCGAUGCGGAUUUCACAGCAAGAAACAAGAUAUUACUGUACUUUACGAGCUUAAGAGGAGUAAGGAAGACAUAUGAGGAUUGUUGCAAUGCGAGAGUCAUUCUGAAGGGACUCGGGGUUCGAGUCGACGAGAGAGACGUGUCGAUGCAUUCGGGGUUCAAGGAGGAGUUGAAGGAGCUAUUGGGAGAUGGGUUCAAUGGCUUUUUGCCAAAGGUGUUUGUGGGGGAAAAGUAUAUUGGUGGGGCAGAGGAAAUACGGCGGUUGCACGAAGAAGGGCAGCUUGAGAAGGUGUUAGAGGGUUGCGAAAUGGUCGAUGAUGGCGGCGGCGGUGGUGGAGGCGGUGGAGUUUGUGAAGGGUGUGGGGAUGUAAGGUUUGUGCCAUGCGAGACUUGUUCAGGGAGUUGUAAGAUUUACUGUGAGGGUGAUUUUGAUGAGGAAUGUGAUGAGAGUGAGUUUGGGUUUCAAAGAUGCCCUGAUUGCAAUGAGAAUGGGAUUGUCAGAUGCCCUAUUUGUUGUGAUCAAUGAGAAUGGUAUUGGCAACUUUUUCCCCUUUUCCUUUGUUAUUGUUCUGUUUUUGUUUCUGAUUCUGUUUUUGAUAUGGAGAGCUGCUUGUUGUAUAGAUAGGUAUUUUGUAAGUUGAAGACAUAUAGGUCCAGUGAAGGUGAAGAAAUUAGUCAUACUUCGUUCCUGUAGCAUAAUCAGCCUUGUACACUGUUUUGCUCAAAAUGAUUCAAGAAGAAUGUUACUCCAUCUUUCAUUCUUCUAA